AAUCCUCAAUGUCCUCUUGACAUUCAGUUUCUCACAAUCAGCCAACCAACCAUUUGCCAUGGCAAUAUCCCAUCUCCACCGCCACACCUCCCCCGGCCCCCUAACCGUCAAACACUUCAUCGACUCCUUCCAGCGCAUAUGGCUGGAGUCACGACCAGCCCGAACAGGGCGAAAACAUGAUGCUCAUCUCCCACGAAGAAUAGGCCUCGCCAUAAGCGGCGGCGCCGACUCGAUGGCCCUCGCCUACCUCUGCAAACAAUGGGAACUAAACCAGAGGCAAACAAGCAACGACACCGUCUCUGUGACAGCAUUCGUCGUGGAUCAUAAAGCCCGCGAAGAGAGUACUCGCGAAGCGAACAUGGUCGCAGGCUGGCUUGACGAUAUGGGCCUAACGACAGAUAUCCUCCCUCUCACCUGGCCAUCCCACUCCAUCUCCGCCUUCGAAACCCACGCCCGGCGCCUGCGCUUCCAAGCUCUCGGGCAGGCCUGUCGAGCACGGAACAUCGAGACUCUCCUCAUGGGCCACCACCAAGACGACAACGUCGAGACGACCCUCUGGCGUCUCUGCACGGGGGCCAGGGGCGCCGGACUAGCGGGUAUUCCGGCGGUAACGCGCAUUCCUGAAUGUCAUGGGUUGUUUGGGGUUGCGGAGAGUGGAUCUUCAUUGACAUUACUAAACCCAGAAGGACUUAACUAUCGCAUCAAGACUACGAAUACUAACGAAUUAAAGCUCACGGCAUCACCCACCACAACCCAACACCAGCAAAAACAGUACCAGAUAUCAACAGGCGGCAUCUCAAUUACCCGCCCCCUCCUAUCCUUCCCCAAACGAUCCCUCCUCGCAACAUGCAAAGCAAACAACAUCCCCUACGUCGACGAUCCAACGAACUUCGACCCAACUUUGACUCCCAGAAAUGCCAUCAGGAGUCUCCUCGCGGAAAAAAAACUGCCCCGUGCAUUGCGCGAAGAAUCUAUCCUUUCACUGAUAAGAAAGAGUAAUUCCCUUCUGAGGUCUGUGACAGAGAACUCGAAUGAGAUUCUUGAGCAGUGCGAGGUCCUCGAGUUCGCGCCGGAUACGGGGUGUUUGAUUAUCAAGUUCCCACCACCAUCAAAGAAACCCACCCCAACAGAGAAGAACAAUGACACAUCAUCCCUCACCCUCCGACGCAUCACCGAACUCAUCUCCCCGUUCCCGGAGAAUCAUUUCCCGUUACGGAGUUUCGAGCCUUUCGUUUCUCGUGUUUUCCCUUCUCCUUCUCCUCCCGCCUCUUCCAUAGUACAAGAACGAGGAAAUACCCCAGCAAAGCAACAGUCUUUCACAUUAGGCGGGGUUAUGUUCCAGCCUCUUCGAUGCGAUUCACCACCACGACCACCACCAUCAUCAUCGACAACAACCCCAGAUAUCACAACCCAGAAUCUCGUCUACGAGAAUACCUACCUCCUCACCCGCCAACCAUACAUGCGGAACCGCCUCCCUAUUCUUCCCAUCAUCGUGCCUAUCUAUCCACCCUCGUUACCAAUCACUACAUCGGACUGGCAUCUUUGGGAUAACAGGUACUGGUUCCGAGUUACGGGGACGAGUAUACCACUUUCAUCAGGGGCAGGGGCAGGACCGACGUCGCUGUCGCUGGUUGUGCGGCCGCUACAAAAGUCUGAUUUGAAGGGUAUCCGCAUGGCUGCGUCGAAGAAUGAGAUGAGAGUGUUGAUGGAUCGGUUGGGACGGGAUGCGCCGGGGUUGGUACGGUUUACUUUGCCGAUGUUGGUGUUAGUCGGAGAUGGGGGGAAGGAGGUGCCGGUGGCGUUGCCGACUAUGGAGAUGUGGUUGCCUGGAGCUGGAGACACUCUAAAGUCAUUGUCAUGUAAUGUGAAGUGGGAGUGGAUGUAUAAGAUGAUUGAUCGAGAACCGUUGGAACGGACGGGUUGGUUGAAGAACUAG